AUGAAUAAUUCAACUGAUCAAUCUCAAUCGCAGCCAUUGAUUGUUCAUGAUAGUCAACAAACAAACGAUCAUAGUCGUUUCUAUUCAGCAACAUCGGAUAAAUUACUCGAAGCAAAACGUAUAUUUUCUCAAGGUCUUUCAACGGGCAAACAAAACCAUUCAUCAUGGGAUCACAGUUUAAAAUUGGUCAAUGAUUCGAUAAGACUCUAUGAGCAAAUCUUGCGAGAAAUUAAUUUAGAUACUGUAAAUCUUUAUGAAUACAUUGCUUCAAUAUAUAAUGAUCGUAAUCAAUUCGAAUACACGUGUAUGUAUUUAAAUAAGUGUAUAUCAAUAUUAAAAAUGAAUUUAUCAACAUCAUGUUCAUCGACAACAAUACUUCUUGUUGAUGUACUUCGAAAAUAUGCACAAACACUAUUCAAUUGUCGAAAAUUUGAUGAUGCACGUCGAACUAUAAUCGAGGCUCAAAUAUUACUUGAUCAAAUGACAUCAACAUCAACAGUAUCAAUCAGCGAAGAUGAAAAACGUACGAUUGGAGUUCUACAAACCAUAGAGGAUUUAAAAGCAAAAUGUGAUCUGUGUCUUGGUUAA